CCAGCCAAGUGUUUGUGGUGGUGACGCUGUUCGAGCUCUGCGGUUUUCGAGCACCCUCUAUUUCCCCAUGGCCAUCGAGAAGGUGUCAGAGGCUGUCGUCAGCAUCCAAAGAAUCAAGAACUUUCUGUUACUUGAUGAGAUAACACAGUGUUACCCUCUGCUGCCAUCAGAUAGUAAAAUGAUCGUGGAUGUGCAAGCUUUUACAGCUUCUUGGGAAAAGGCAUCAGAGACCCCAUCCCUACAAGGCAUUUCCUUUACUGUCAGACCUGGUGAACUGUUAGCUGUGGUCGGACCUGUGGGAGCAGGAAAGUCAUCACUAUUAAGCGCUCUGCUGGGGGAGCUGCCCCCGAGCCAGGGGCAGGUCAGCGUGCACGGGAGGAUCGCAUAUGUUUCUCAGCAGCCCUGGGUGUUUCCAGGGACUGUAAAGAGUAACAUUUUAUUUGGGAAGAAAUAUGAAGAAGACAGAUAUGAAGAAGUAAUAAGGGCUUGUGCUUUGGAAGAGGAUUUACAGCUUUUGGAGGAAGGAGAUCUAACUGAGAUAGGAGACAGAGGAACCCCCCUGAGUGAAGGACAGAAAGCCCGGGUCAGCCUCGCCAGAGCCGUGUAUCAGGACGCAGACAUCUACCUCCUGGACGAUCCGCUCAGCGCAGUGGAUGCAGGAGUCAGCAGACACUUGUUCGAAGAGUGA